ACCGCAACCCCCAGCCCACGCCUUUUCUUUGUUUCCUUCGGACCCUGUCCGCUGCGAUUUUCUCUCUCCUCGCUCAUCUCCGUCGCUAGGGUUUCGAUCUACGACGACGAGAGCUCCCUGAUCUCCUUCGGCUCUUCUCGAAUCCGGAUUCAGCGGCUCGAGAGCUCGCGUUCGAGGCCGGCAUCGCGGGAUUUGAUCCAGUAUAUCUCUCGUAAUGCUCGAGAUUAGGGCUUUCUUUUCGAUAACAUCACUCCGCGUCGUAUAUUUCAUGGCAUGCUUGUGAUCUUGCUCGAGAUGGUUCUGGGUGGUUCGACAAUCUGAAGCAUAAUCUCAAGGAUGAAGUUAGAUUGUUGCACAUGAGAACGGUAGCUGUGCUUGAUGCCAAAAUUUCUGCUCUGCAUUUUUGAGGAAGUGGCUGAUUUACUGGUACCUGUGGGCCAUUUUGGUAUCCUUGCUGGCAGAGAGCAUGCGUGGAAUCUGUGUUUUGGGUGAUGCCCCUGACCAGAAUCGCCGCCGAUGCAUUCGGUGCGGUGACCAUAUCACUCGUCUCUCUAAGUGCUAUUCUGGGUCUGAUUUGCAUCUACCGUUCUUUCUAUUUCCAGCUACAGAUCCACCGAAGAAGCUUUCCCCAGCUCAAGUACUUUAAUGGGCCUUGGAUUACACGCAUUGCAUUGAUUCUAGUCGCAAUUUGGUGGGGCUUUGGAGAGAUUGUUAGGCUUACUUUUCUGAAAGAAAAAGGAAGACCUUUUUCCAGCCAAUUAUGGGAGAAGAAUGUCUGCAAGUUCUAUGUCCUCUCGAAUCUAGGGUUUGCAGAACCAAGUAUUUUUCUCAUGCUUGCAUUCCUUCUCUAUGCUGCAUUGCAGAAGAGGGAGUCAGACGCGCUGAGUCAACGAUGGAACAGACGGACCAUGAGCUAUGUCGUCCUUUCUUGUCUUCCGAUAUUCAUCAUGCAAUUCGUCCUCAUUUUAGUUGGACCCAAGUUCAAUAACGAAAAGAGUGGCAAGAGAACAAAGAUGUCAAAGUUCUUCUCAUGCACCUAUACUUUGACCAAUGACAGCAGUGUAUGCACCUAUCCCUUGCUGAGCACUAUAGUUCUUGGGAUUUUUUAUGCGCUCCUGAUCAGCUGUGUCGCAUAUGUGGGAACCCGGUUGUUUUCUUUGGUGAUCAACAAGGGAUUGCGACGGAGAGUUUAUGUGCUGAUAUCUUCAGUCAUCCUCUUCCUUCCAUUAAGGGUGCUGCUCCUUGGAUUCUCUGUCCUCCCUCACCCAGGCAAUUUGGUCUAUGAGGCCAUUGUGUUCCUGGCCUUCCUCAUGCUGUUAUUUUGUACCAUGGUGGGGAUAUGUAUACUAGUAUAUUUCCCUGUGGCAGAUUCCUUGGCACUGAGAGACAUAGGACACAUAGAAAUUGAAGGAAUGCCGUAUGAUGACUACUACUAUGAUGGUGUCUCUCUCGUUAAUAACCAUGGCUAUCAAGACACAAGCAGGAACUCUGACGCAUCUACCAAGCGUGGCUCCGUAUCUUUUUCCCACAAUGGUCAAGGAUGAAUCCCCACAAACAGAAAGCAUUGGUGAUUUUCCCUCCACAUUGGUUCACUUUCUCGAUCUCCCCCAUUCCCUGGCAGGCCCACGGUUCCACUUAGAGAAGUUCCUUCACACUAAAAACCAUCUGCCAGUUUUCUUACUUCUCUUCGCCUUUUUUUUUUUUUUGGCCAAAUGAUAUCAGUUUUGUGGUGAACAAAGACUAAUGUAAAGGUGUUUUUAGCAGUCAACAUUAAACAAGGUUUGCUCAUUGUUCAUAUUGGUAUAUUUAUCAAUUUUGUUGUGUUA